UGUGAACUGCAAGGUGUGUGCGAUGUUUGCAUUCUUGCCUGAGAACAACAUGGUGUACAAGUGCAAGCUGGUGGUGCUGUUGGAAGAAAAAGUGAAGGGGAUGGAACGGCGGGUGACCACACUGAAGAGUAUAAGAGAAGAUGAAGAGUUCUUAGAUAGAACACUGGAACAACAACAGCAAAGAGAACUACAAGAGAACAACAGCAUGUUGAAGCAGAAGAGGAGACUGUUGUUGAGAGCAACAAUGAGUGGAGGAAACUCCAUGGAAAAGGAGUUGUAAGCAGAAGAGCUAGAAGACAUCCAUCACCAGUGGAACUACAGAACCGCUUCCAAGCACUUGAGGAUGAGACUGGAGGACAGUCUGCAGGGGAAGAAUUAAGAAGAUCCCACAUGACAGCAAGCGAGAGGCUGAAGCUCAGUCAAGCAGAGGCAAUGAAACCACACCCCACAACAAGAAGAAAAGAGUAGUAGUGGUGGGAGACUCCCUACUGCGUGGGAUUGAAACCCAAGUAUGCCGAGAAGAUCCAUGGCCUUGCCAGAUAUGCUGUCUCCUUGGAGGAUGAAUUAGAGAUGUGAUGGAGGAGCUGCCAUCGCUCAUAAAGCCCACUGACAGAUAUCCCUUUCUUCUCAUCCAUGUGGGCAUGAAUGAUACUGCCAAGUGGAGCUACAAACAAAUCAUAUCAGAUUUUGAAGCCCUGGGAAGCAAGCCCAAGGACUUUGGGGCCCAGAUAGCUUUCUCAUCCAUCCUUCCAGUACUUAGAAGAGGAGUGGAAAAGGAAAGAAAAAUACUCCAGGUAUAUGGCUUAGCAAAGGUAGAUAGUGCACUUAAUAUCUGGAACUUCAUCUAUGAAAGAGGACCAAUCCUUUAUUAGUGGUGUGAUGAAUAUGCCAUUGCAUCAAAUCUCUGUGAUUCCAGCCCGGGAUGUUACUUUUUCCAGAGUCUCUAAGAACAAGGGUAAAGAGAAAAAACAGUGUGGCAGUUCAGCCUCUAUUUCUGCUCCUCGCAACUUCUCUCAGACAUCUGUUACGGCAACCAAUCAGGACAUCUGCAGUUCCAGUGCAGUGUGUUCUGAAUGUUGUCAUCACAAUCCAGUGCAAUCUGCUGUUGUGUUGAAAAAUCCUGUCUACCAGAAUUCUCUGACUCAAGGGGCCACUGUGACAGUAAUCUGUCAGGAUAUGGUGCAGGCUUCCAAGAAAAACCUCCAUGGGCAUGAUUGUGUCCAUGCUCUCAAGUCUAAGAAUGGAAAAGCUACCCAAGCUCUGAAAUUCUCCAAGUCUCUCAGUGAUAUGGACCAGAAGGCUCAGAGUGCAAUCAAGAGCUUUAGCUACGUGGAACGAACUUGUUCAGAAGGCAAACUUGCACAAACCCAGGAGCAGUGUUUAAGGCUUAAUACAUUUUAUCACAAGGAGAAGAAACUAUUCAACCUCAGGCCCUUUCAUUUCAGUAAUUCCAAACUUUCCUAUUUCCAGCCGCUUUCCACCAGUUACUCGAGUGCUUCUGGGGCUAGCGCAGUACACAUUCCUCUCCUGGAGGACAAGUGUGACAGUGAAAUAUCCCGGAGUAAAAAAUUGCUGCACUGUCUUUUCUCCUUCUCUCAUAACUCCAGUGCAAGCAAUCAUGAAUUGGAUAACUACUCAAGCUGCCUCCAACCAAAGAAAUCAUCCAGUGUGGUGGUAGAGAGCACAGGUUUCUGUUCAGAUGACAUGGGAGAUGAUGAUGUCUUUGAGGACAAUUCCUCUGUGGGGCUGAAAAUGACAGAGCUACGAGCACCACUCUGUUCGGUCGAAAAGGAUAGCGACCUAGAUUGCCCUUCCCCCUUGUCAGAAAAUUUCCCCCCACUUUCCCCUGUGUCUGUAUCUGGGGAUUCCUGCAGGAUAUGCCAUUGUGAAGGAGAUGAUGAAAGCCCUCUAAUCACUCCUUGUCGCUGCACAGGGAGUCUUAAUUUCGUGCAUCAGGCUUGCCUGCAGCAGUGGAUCAAGAGCUCAGACACCCGCUGCUGUGAACUCUGCAAAUAUGAAUUUAUCAUGGAGACAAAAUUGAAACCUUUAAGAAAAUGGGAAAAGCUGCAGAUGACAGCAAGUGAGCGAAGGAAGAUCAUGUGCUCUGUAACUUUCCAUGUAAUUGCUAUCACUUGUGUGGUGUGGUCUCUUUAUGUCCUCAUAGACCGAACUGCUGAAGAGAUUAAACAAGGGGAGUCCACUGCAAAAAGUAAUUACUACGUAAUGGUCGCGGAGCAACAGGUGUACACGUCUGGAAAAGGUAUCCUAGAGUGGCCAUUUUGGACUAAACUAGUGGUGGUGGCUAUUGGUUUCACUGGAGGAAUUUUGUUCAUGUAUGUUCAGUGCAAAGUCUACAUACAGCUUUGGAAAAAACUUAAGGCUUAUAACCGUGUAAUAUAUGUUCAGAACUGUCCAGAAACAAGCAAAAAGAACAUAUUUGAAAAACCAAUGCUUAUCAAAUCAAAUCUUGAAAACACAGAUAUGCUUGCAAGUCAUCAUACAGAAACUAACAGUUUACGUUAUACAGAGCCUGAAGACUGCAGGGCAAAUGUUCUUCAUAUAUGAUACAUUUUUCCCCAUGAAGAUCUGCUUAAAGUCUGCUAAGAUUGA